AUGAAUACAGUUCCCCGCUAUCACAGAUCAUGUGGCAGUGGAGAAACCAUAGGAGUCAGUGCAUCUCAGGAGCAAGGGAUGGGCCUCACCUUGAGAAAGCCACCUUCUCGAUUAUGGUCUUUCGGUUGCCGGACAGAAGCACCUCUGCUCAUCCGUCCCUACCUUGCAGACAUGACCAUCUCUGAAAUCCAUGCANUCAUGACUGGAGGCUUUGCUACCAUAGCAGGCACAGUGUUGGGAGCCUUCAUAUCCUUUGGGAUUGACACAUCAUCCUUGAUUUCUGCCUCAGUGAUGGCUGACCCUUGUGCACUUGCCUUGUCCAAACUGGUAUAUCCAGAAGUCGAAGAGUCUAAGUUCAAGAGCAAGGAGGGACUGAAGCUUCCUCAAGGGGAAGAGAGGAANAUCCUGGAAGCUGCAAGCAAUGGAGCCACAGAAGCCAUAAGCCUUGUUGCUAAUGUUGCAGCCAAGCUGAUUGCCUCUCUGGCUGUAUUGGCCUUCAUCAAUGCUACCCUCUCCUGGCUGGGGGAAAUGGUGGAUAUCCAUGGACUCAGUUUCCAGGUCAUCUGCUCCUAUGUCCUAAGGACCAUGGUUUUCAUGAUGGGUGUACAGUGGACAGACUGCCUUCUGGUGACUGAGAUAGUGGGAGUCAAAUUCUUUAUAAAUGAAUUUGUGACCUACCAACAACUGUCUCAGUACAAGAAUAAACGUCUCUCUGGAGUAGAAGAGUGGAUCAAUGGCGAGAAACAGUGGAUUUCUGUGAAAGCUGAAAUCAUUACAACAUUUUCCCUCUGUGGAUUUGCCAAUCUUAGUUUCAUAGGAAUCACACUGGGAGGCUUGACAUCCAUGAUACCCCAGAGGAAGAGUGACUUGUGCAAGAUUGUGGUCAGGGCCCUCUUCACAGGUGCCUGUGUUUCCUUUAUCAGUGCCUGCAUGGCAGGUAUCCUCUAUGUUCCCAGAGGCGCUGAAACUGACUGUGUCUCAUUCCUAAACACAAAUUUCACCAAUAGAACAUAUGAGACAUAUGUGUGCUGCAGAGAGAUUUUCCAGAGUACUUCGCUGAACNGCACCAACAUGCCUUCUUUCUCAGGCCCCUGGCAAGACAACGUGUCCAGUCUCAGGAAUCUUGCUAGCUGCUGUGACCUCUAUACCAGCACUGUGUGUGCAUGAGGCUGGUGGGCCGCUGCAAGACAGUUCUCAUAGAACAGAUUCAUAUUACCAAAUACAUUUUCAUGUACUUCCUAUUCUCUGAGAACCCCACUAAACUCCACAAAGACAUGAAAUUCAUUAUAGACCCUCUUGAGCCAAAGUAUGGUGGGAAUGUAGCUGAGGGGGAAAAUAUGUGUGUGGUGAGGGCUAAGAUCCAGGUUCAACCCUGGGCCAGGCUCAGAGUGGGGAGAGUGGGGAAAUCAAAGUAGAUGCUUAGUUUUAACUUGGGAAUGGUGGUCUCUUACCUGUAGGNUCACAGCUAAGGGGAUUACCCCAGAUUCAAGGCAAGCCUGGCCCAAACAUGGCAUGUCCUCGUGCA